AUGGCGACCGCGUUCCCGGCACGCACCGCGGCGGCGCCGGGGACUACAGCUCCCGGCGUGCCCCGCGGCAGAGCUCAGAUCCCAAGCUCCAGGAUGGGCAGUGCUGUGGGGCACCGGGCCCUGCUGGCCCUGCUGCUGUGGAUCCCAUUCCUCAUGGGAUCAGCGGGGGACGGAGCCAAGGGUGGCCAGGAGGGAUUCCAGGGACACGCCACCGCCUCCGAUGACCUGCUGCUCCGGCUGGGAAGGUCCGCUUGGGACACCCUGGAAAGCUGGGUGGGACCCCAGCCCCUGCGGAUGGUGGCGGAGAGCCUCUCCACCACCCUCUGGAUCGUUUCCUCUGGGAUCUCGGCAGCCCUGACCACGCUCUGUGGGAUCCUGGGGGAUCUCCUGGCCGCUUCCAGCAUCAACGGCCACCGGCUGGUCCGAGCGGCGGCGCUGGCUCCCGGAGAAGUCCAGAGGGUUCUGCUCUGGGCAGCUGCUGCCCUUCUGGGAUCCUGGCUGCUCUCCCGGCUUCGAGGGCUGCUGCUCCCGCUGCUCCGGGGGCUGAAGCUUUUCUUUUUCCUCGGAGCCUUCCUGCACGUGGCCGCUUCCCAGGAGAGCCCCACGGUGCAGGCGGGAAUGCUGCUGGGCCUGUGGGUGCUCUACACCGUCCUGGGCAGCGUGAUGUCAUCCCCGGAUCCCAGCAAGCGGCUGGACGCGGCCCUGCGGAGCCUGGAGUGGAAGGUGGAGGAGCUGCGGCGGCGCCAGAAGUUUGGGGGGCCCCGGAACCGGGAGGAUUGAGCCCCCGCAAAGCUUCCCUGAAGCUUGGCUCCGUUAAUCCCGAGCAUCCCAAGCAUGCGUCCCCACCCCGCUCCGCUGAGCCCCCUCCUCUGCUUCCCGGUUCUCCAGGGGGUCCUGGGAGCGCCCCAUCCCUCUGGGAUCGCCCCAAAAUCGGGGGCCGUGCCUUGCCACACACGCCACGAGUGCCUUCACCCCGAGAGCCCCCAGGAGCCACGAAUGUGGGAGAGGAGCUCCCGCGUUCCCUCCUCGCCGGGAAUGUUGUCCCAGCCCGGCCGGCUUGGGGUGCGGAGGGGAUCCCAUUGCCUGUCCCGGGGGCUCUGCUUCUUUUGGGGUCCCUCCACUGUCAGGUUUUGGGUUUUAAGCUGCUUUUUAAACGGUUUUGAUAAUGUGGUUUGGAAUAAAGACGGGUUUAUCCGGCCCGGC